GCCCACCAUUCCCGGAGUGGCGGGCCGGUUGUUGUGCUUUAAGUUGGGAGACGCUCAGCUCUGCAGCGGUGUGGGAUUAUCUGCACAGGACAUGGCAACAGGCUCUUCUUCCCAAAGGAUUGGAGUUGUAGGAUACGGACAUCUAGGGCAGUAUCUGGUGGAGAGGAUCCUUAAAGAUGGAGCGGCUCUCGGUCUGAGUCUGGCUUUCGUUUGGAACAGAAAUUCUGACAAGCUCAAAGGUUUAGUUCCUGAUGACCUCAUACUUGGAGACCUGUCAUCCUUUGCAGACAGACGGUGCGAUGUGAUCGUAGAGGUGUGCCAUCCAAAGAUAGUGAAAGACUUUGGGUUUCACUUCCUGUCUCAGUCUCAUUUCAUGGUGGGCUCUCCCUCGGCCCUGUCGGAUCCUGAUCUGAACCUGACGCUGCGUAAGGCGGCUCAGCAGUAUGGUAGGACGCUCUAUGUCCCCAGUGGUGCAUUAUGGGGAGGCCAGGACAUCCAGAGACUGAAUGAUAGUGGGAACUUGAAGGCUUUGUUUAUAAGAAUGUCCAAGCAUCCAUCCUGCUUCCGGCUGACAGGAGACGUCCUCUCCGACUGGACGGAGGAAGAGGGCCGGCGUGUUUUAUUCAGAGGCUCAGUGGCGGAGUUGUGCCCACUUGCCCCGAACAACGUUAACACCAUGGCAGCAGCAGCAGUGGCAGCAGGAGCGCUCGGCUUUACUGGCGUCCAGGGAGAGAUCGUGUCAGACACAGCGCUGAGCGACUACCACGUGGUGGAGGUGGAGGUGACUGGACCUGGUGGCUUCUCAGUAAACACAGUGAGGAGGAAUCCAGCCAAACUCGGAGCUGUAACCGGCAGCGCGACAUACAACUCCUUCUGGAAUAGUUUACUUGUUUGCAAAGGUCAUGGGGGUCGAGUUUACUUGUGCUGAAGCAAGAAGAUCCAGAUAACGCAGAUGGUUCAGGGUGGAUAUGUUGUGUGGACGGUGCUGCUGGAUCAGUUUGUUACUGAGAAGUUUGGACAUUUGUUCCAAUAAAAUGCAUGCAUACAAAGAAAGAGGAGCCAGUUAUCAUUUGGAAAACACUAAUAGGUAUAUAUAUAUAUAUAUAUUUAAACUUUAUUAUUAGUUAAUUUGGUGCAAGAUUGUAACAAAUAAUGAUAAACUCUUACAGGGAGUGUGAGUCUAUGCCUGCCAUCUUCCUUCUUCCAUUACAAAUAGUCAAUACACUCAUGGUUGCCAUCUGUCCCUUUUUAUCUGUUUGUCUCAACUUUUUCCCUUCACAAAUAAAUACUUAUGGAGACCCGGUAUUAAUCCACACAAGCACACACACAGACAGAUAAAGAGGGGUGUGAGGUUGUUCGUCGGUGAUCGUCGCUGAAAGGCUGCGAUACAAUAAGGCGUGGAAAUAAAAUGAAAACACACACACACUAUUCUUAAAAUGAGAGGGCUUUGAUGCUAUUUGGUGAUGUGUGUGUGUCUACAUUUUAUUUCCAUUCUCAGAAGUUUUUUUUGUCGUAAACAAGGCGAAAAGAUGCUACAAGGUGGACUUUCAAGCGCUGUAUCAU